AUGACAUAUCAUUCAUCUAAUAACCAUAGCGAUUUAAAUAUUAACAAUAACAACAACAACACAACUCUAAAAACUAAUAGUAUUAAUUUUAGCAACAAUAUUAAUUUUCAAGGUAGAAAUAACGAUAACAAUAGUAAUAUUAAUGAUAAUAUUCAAAACAAUUCACCAUUAAUUAAUAGUUGGAAGCAACAUCAUCAACAACAACAACAACAACAACAACAACAACAACAACAACAACAACAACAACAACAACAACAACAACAACAACAACAAUAUUUUAAAUAUCAACAAGAAAUGCAAACAAUGUACCACCAACCUGGUUCAGGAGUGAUGGUAGGAGGUGGGUCAUCUGUAAUUACAAGUUCUGUAACUCCGCCACAACCAAGAUAUAUGCCACUAUCACCUCAAGAAGGAAUUUCAAGUUGGCAACAACAACAACAACAACAAAUACAGCAACAACACCAACAACAAAAUAAACCACCAGCAUUGCAAGAUGGUAAUGGUUAUUAUAAUGUAUAUAAUCCACAACAACAACAACAACAACAACAACACCAACCACAACCUUAUAAUUCGACAACACCUCAAGCAUUGAUUCAAACGCAAAGACCAAUACAACAACAACAACAACCUCAACCUUAUUAUUUAAUACCACAAUCUAUAUCACCAUCUCAACAACAACCACAACAACAACAACCACAACAACAACCAUCUCAACAAAAUUCUACAGGAUCACCACCUCAAAAUAUGCAGCAACAUCAUAUGCAACAACAGCAACAACAACAGCAACAACAACAUCAACAACAUCAACAACAUCAACAACACCAACAACAACAACAAAUGAUGGAUCAACACCAACAACAUCUUCAACAUAUUCAUCGUGAAUAUAUUACAACGGAUACGACAUUCUUUAAGAAUAGUGGUGGUCAAGAAUCUUUAAAUAGGUUAGCAUCUUAUUUCUAUCAAACUUUAUUUUCAUUUAAUCCAAAAACUUCGAUCAUGCAUUCACGAGAAAAUCAAUAUAAAACUUCACAAAAUUCAGUUUUAUAUUCAAGUAAUAUACCUUCAGUUUAUUUAUAUCAUCAAAUUGAAAAUAAACAUCCACCACCACCACAACAACAACAACAACAACAACAACAACAACAACAACAACAACAACAACAACAACAACAACAACAACAACAACAACAACAACAACAACAACAAAUUCCACAAGAUUCAUCCCCUUAUCUUUAUAAUGGGCAACAACAACAAUUAUCACAACAACGAUCUCAGUUGCAACAACAGAUUUCACAACCUCAACAACCACCCCAACAAAAUUUUAAUAAUAAUAACAAUACACAAGAAACAACUACUACCACAACAACCUCAAAUAAUAAUGAUGAAAAACCAAUUAAAAAAUCUAAAAAAGAAGAUAAAAAGAAAUCCGAUAAAAAAACAAAAGAGUCUCUAAAGAAAGAAACCAAACAGAAAUCAAAAGAAAAGAAAAAAACUGAAAAAGAAAAAAACAAGGAGAAAAAAGAAAAAGAAAAAGAAAAGGAAAAAGAAAAACAAGAAAAGGAAAAGGAAAAACAAGAAAAAGAAAAAGAAAAACAAGAGAAAGAAGAAAAAGAAAGAUUGGAGAAAGAGGAAAAAGAGAAACUAGAAAAACAACAAGAGCAACAAUCUAAAGAUAAAUUAGAAAGAGAAAAUAUCAAUAACACCUCGCAAUUGAAUUUAUUGAAAUCACCUGUACAGCAUUCACAACAACAACUACAACAACCACCAAUAAUACUAACAACAAUGUCUACAACAAUACCAACAACUGAACAACCAAUACAUCAUAUCCAAUUCACUCCACAACAAUUACAACCCCCUUCAAUGUCAAUAAUUCAAGAACAACAACAACAACAACAACAACAACAACAACAACAACAACAACAACAACAACAACAACAACAACAACAACAACAACAUAAAUCAAACCAAAUUUCACAACAAAAUAAAAAUGUACCACCAAUUCAACAACACCAACAACACCAACAACAACAACCACCUCCACAAGAUAUACCAAUUGUUUUAUCUUCUCUUACACCAAUACAAGCAAUAAAAUUACCAGAGUAUACGAUAUCUCCAGAGUAUGAACCACAAACCACUGUUGAUUCUCCUUCAACAAGUAGUUAUUCUUCAACACCUGGUGGAGCGAAUACCGCUCAUUCACCAGCAACACUUUCGACUCCCAAUUUAAAUAAUUCAAAUAAUAGUGUAAAUAGUAAUAAUACACCCUCUCAAUAUCAUCACCAUCAUCAUCAUCACCAUCACCAUAACAACAACAAUAGUAGUAGUAGUAGCAGUAGCAGUGGCAGUAGUAGUAGUACAAAUGGUAAUAAUAGUUCUGGCGGUGGUGGUGGUGGUAGUGGAAGUAGUAGUAAUAGCGUCGAUAUAAUUCAAGCAUCAACCCCCUCUUCAAAUAAUAGCGGUGGUAUAAAUAUUAUAAUACCAAAUCCAAUGUCUACCAAUACUAUACCGCCACCAAACUAUGGAGAUUCAAUGAUGUACAACGAUCCAUUCUUUGAGAGAAAGAAUAGUAUUCAAAAUGGAUUAUUUUCAUUUAAUGAUCCGCUUCGAAAAAAUAGUAAUCCAUUCUUUUCAGAGAGGAAAAUAAGUAUCUUUGAAAGAAGAAAUAGUACAUUCUUACCAGAGGGAUUGUUCAGUGGUAGUAUCGACUUUGCCCCAAUUAAUGAAAGUGGUUUCUAUGAUGAUAGAUUUAGAAAAUCAUCAAGAGAUUAUAGAUUAUCAAUUGGAAGUAUCGGUAGUUCAAAUAUGGAAAGCAUUUUAAAUAAUAACAAUAAUAAUAAUAAUAAUAAUAAUAAUAAUAAUAAUAAUAAUAAUAAUAAUAACAAUAACAAUAAUAAUAGUAAUAAUAAUGAUAAUGAUAAUGAUAACAAUAAUCAAAGUAAUGAAAAUAAUUUGGAUGACGAUAAAAAUAAAAAUAAUAUUUUGCCAAGAAAACGUUCAAUUUCUAGAGAUUUCACAAAUAGUAAUACCAACAAUAGUAAUAGUAAUAACAACAAUAGCAAUGUUAAUGAAGAACAAGAUGGUCAAAGAAAACUAUUAAAAACUUAA